AUGCGGCGUUCGGAGAGCUUGAGUAUCGCCACCCUGGUGCUUACCGGUUUUCGGAAUCAAGUCACCCCAGCUUUUUCAGCGCCCAGCCAGCUUUGCCCCGACAGUCACAAAAUCAUGGCCUCCAAGGACUACGAUAAAAUGACGGUCGCCCUCCUCCGCGAAGAGCUGAAGGCUCGGGAUUUGGCAGUAGAAGGCAAGAAAGCAGAAUUGAUUGAACGGCUGAAGGAAGCCGACCAAGCGGCAGAAGACGAGAUCCUGAACGCCCCGUUGGAUGGUGUUUUGGCUGCAGGUGAUAUCAACGAGGACUUGUUGCUGGCGUCGGUUGAUGCUACUAUUGAUGGAAAGGACGCAUCCGAAUUGCUCGGCGAUGACAAGAAAUCUGCUGACGACAAAGAGGCCAAUGCAGCUCCAGUGAAAUCCACGAAGAGCGAUGAAGAGCGCAAAUUAGCUCGAUUGGGUCGGUUCGGAUUGCCAAUCUCGGGCUCGGCUGCCGCCACGUCGACGCCUGCUGCCACGAAUACUAUCACCAGCACUGAUGCCAAGGCCGCUCGUGCCAAGCGAUUUGGCCUGGAGAAUGCAGUGGCUUCUGGUGACGCUAAAGCCCGUCGUGCCGAGAGGUUCGGCAUCACCGCGACUGACAAGCUCGAUGCUCCGCUGUCGAAAGCCGCCAGCGCCAUGGAUGACUCUACCAAGGAGAAGCUCAUGAAGCGUGCACAAAGAUUUGGUCUGCCCGUCAACAGCGAAGGAAAAGUAACUGGUGCACCAUUGGCGGAACUGGACGCGAAGAAGAAGGCACGCGCGGAGCGCUUCGGCCUC